AUGGAAACCCAUCUCCUACUGGAAACUUCGGCGCUCCGCGCGGAUUUCUUGGGAAUGCGACCGACCCCCCUGGCGGCCAACACCCGACACAGCGAGAGCGCCGACGCGCCCUCCAGCGCUGGCGCCCGACGCCUCGCCGCCGGGGCGCGCGCGCGCGGCCGCCGGCAGAGCCGCCGGCGCCGGCGGCAACAGCUGCCGCUUGUGCCGCCGCCGGGGCCCGGGCUGCGCGCCCAGUCGGAGAGCGAAGAGUUCUCGGAGGUCGGCAGGCCUCCUACCCUGGCACGUCGAUUCGCGAAUUGGCCGGUGUCGGUUCGCGAGGGGGCGUCGCGGCCUUCGUGUUUGCGGGUCCAGCAUCACCUGGCAUUAGAAAUUGUCAAUUGCGUGGUGAUUGGAGUAGCCGACCCGAUCCUCUAG